CUCACUCCCCCAAAAAAUGGCUACCCAAAUAGCGAUUCUACAAAACGCUCUCAUCCUCUUUCUCUUCACCUUAACCAUCCUCACAAAAACCUUGUUUUCGCAAAACUGCGGUACAACAGGAUGUGCCCGCAACCUAUGCUGCAGUAGAUAUGGAUACUGUGGCAUCACAGCCGCCUACUGUGGCACAGGAUGCAGAAGCGGACCUUGUAGCUCCCGAACCACACCUAUCCCACCAACUCCUAGUGGCGGUGCUGGAGGUCUAAACAGUGACCCUCGUGAUACGAUUGCAAAUGUUGUUACACCAGCAGUUUUUGAUGGUAUCAUGAGCAAAGUAGGAAGCGGCUGUCCAGCAAAAGGGUUCUACACUCGUCAGGCUUUCAUCUCGGCCGCUCAAUCGUUCCCGGCGUAUCAAGGAACCGUUGCUAAACGUGAAAUCGCCGCCAUGUUGGCUCAGUUCUCACACGAAUCUGGAAGUUUUUGUUUCAAAGAAGAAAUAAGACCUAAAAGAAGGUACUGCUCACUGAACUUAAGGUACCCUUGUCAACCGGGAAAGAGCUAUUACGGUCGUGGUCCGAUUCAAAUCACAUGGAACUACAACUAUGGCGCAGCUGGAAGGUUCCUUGGACUUCCUCUUUUGAAGGAUCCAGAUAUGGUAGCUCGUGACCCAAGCGUGGCUUUCAAGUGUUCCAUGUGGUUCUGGAACUUGAAAGUGCGUCCGGUUUUGAGCAGAGGGUUUGGAGCCACUACUAGAAAGAUAAACGGCGGUGAGUGUGAUGGUGGGCGUCCAGAUUUGGUGCAGAGCAGGGUUAACCAUUACUUGAAUUUUUGUAUGAAACUUGGGAUCACUCCUGGAACCAACCUCAGAUGUUGA